CCCGGCGGGAUUCGCCGUUCCCAAGCCGGAUCUGCGGACGGGAAGCCUCCGUGACAUCAGCGCGACCACGAGCCGAUUGUUCGAGGAACCUAACAGAGGCACGCGUUUAAGUCGGGGGUUCCUCGGUGGAAGGGGGGGGUGUAGAGGCGAGGGCGAGGAGGAGGGAGGAGGGAGGGGGGGCGAUCCUCGGGCAGCAGAGACCGCAUCCCUCUCGCCGCCACAGCGGACGGCCCCACCGCUUUGCUGCCUGCCGCGUGGGUCGCGACCAGCGGGGAGGCGGUCGCCGCGUCUCAAGGGGAAGGAGGAGGGCAGGGACAGCGCCGCGGGAGGUUUGCGGCACAGCGCGUGGGCGCUCUUCGCGGCGCCGCCGGUGGGAGGGGGAGGCAUGACGGACGUACGCAUGGACAGCCCCGUCAACAACAACAACAACAGCAGCAGCAGCAGCGCGUUCUGCGUCGACGCGCACAUGCAGGACUUGAGCAGGGGGGGCGUGCGCGUGUGCGGCGUGUGCGGCGACCACGCCACGGGCUACCACUUCAACGCGAUGACCUGCGAGGGCUGCAAGGGCUUCUUCAGGAGGAGCAUGAAGCGUGAUGCAACCUACACCUGCCCACUGGGUGGCCACUGCACCAUCACCAAGGACAACCGACGUCACUGCCAAGCAUGCCGGCUCAAACGCUGCACGGAGAUCGGCAUGAUGAAGGAGCUGAUAAUGACGGAGGAGGAGAUGCAACGCAAGAAGGAGAUGAUGCUCAAGCGCAAAAUGGAGUGUGACGGCAGCGAGAGGGUGCGGCUGCAGCUCAGCGACGAGCAGGACCAUCUCAUCACGGAUCUCAUCGAGGGUCACCGCAAGACUUACGACGACACCUACUCCGACUUCUCGGAAUUCCGACCGCCGGUUCGCAAGAGUGACAACAGCUCAGAGGAGGGGUUCUGCUCGUCACCAAUGGGCUUACAUCUCGAGAAAAGCAACUCCACCUGCUCGUCCCCUACCUCUGCCCUGAGCGUGGGCAUGAGCUUGGGGAACAUCUUCAGCAUCCUGCCCAUGUGCACGGACGACGGGAGCGACGAGGUCACGGCCAAUCCGCCCUUGACCAUGCUGCCGCACCUCGCCGACCUCGUCAGCUACAGCAUCCAGAAGGUCAUCGGCUUCGCCAAGAUCAUCCCCGAGUUCAAGGAACUCCACACCGAAGACCAGAUCGCACUGCUCAAGUCGAGUGUGAUCGAGAUCAUCAUCUUGCGCUCCAACCAGUCCUUCUCCUUGGAGGACAACUCCUGGACGUGCGGCAGCAACGAGUUCAAGUACUGCAUCACGGACGUCACCCAGGCAGGCCACUCCAUGGAGCUCAUGGAGCCCCUGGUGAAGUUCCAGGUUGGCCUCAAGAAGCUGAAUCUCCAUGAAGCGGAGCAUGUGCUGCUCAUGGCCAUCUGCAUCUUCUCUCCAGACCGUCCGGGCGUGACGGAUCGUGACCGCGUGGAGGCUUGCCAGGAGCGGCUCUCGGAGACGCUGCGCACCUACAUCUCGUGCCACCACCCGCCGCCGGGCGGCCACCUCCUCUACCCCAAGAUGGUGCAGAAGCUGGCCGACCUGCGCAACCUGAACGAGGAGCACUCCAAGCAGUACCUGGAGAUCUCUCGCAAGGAGGGCGUCGUUGACGACCUCACGCCCCUUCUCGUCGAGGUGUUCGGCUCCCCGCUACCCUGAGGCAGGGUCCCAUUAUGCUGGCCUUCUUCUGGCUGCUCUUCCCAGAAUGCUCUUCGUCUUCGCUCUAUCCUUGCUGCCCUUCUUCUCGCUGCUCUUCCCAGAAUCAUCUUCUUCACAAUGACCGUGUUUGUACUUGGUGCCACCCUGCUUAAGUUCUCACUUCUUCUCUCGGUCCUUCAUGCUGCCGCUUGUUCAUGUGCUGCCUUUCUUUACACUUAACUUCAUCUUGGCUGCCCUGCUUGACGCUGCCCAGCCACCCCGGUUGGUCAACUCUCACGUGCGCGCGUGCACCCGAUGCACCUAACGACGCAUCGAUCCCCCAUUCGACUCUCACGCUCGCAAUACGAGCGUCGAGUUAUGCGCGUGAUAAUCUGUGAUGUUGGACGUGUCGAGGACUGCACCAUUGCAGCCAUUCGUCGAAGUGUGUUCCCAUGACCUCCUUGCAACCACUACAGGUUAUUGUAUUCAUCACAAAGUCUAAGAUUGUCGCAAGUGGGAGGCACUGGGGGG